AUGAAUCGACGCAAACACAAAGACAAGCAUAUGUCCAAGUCAGCUUCGGUUGACCGAGACGAGACUGUCAUGUCUGAUCAAUCGCCAAUCGCAUACUGGUUGUCCAUGUCCAUCCAGUGCUUUAUGCUGAUGGGUAUUCAACAGAUGCGACUUGAAAAACUAACACACCCAUCAUCCACGACUGACUUCAUUUCAAUGUAA